CAAUGGUUUAAAAAAUUUUAUAAGUCUUUAUUAGUCUAGAGGAGCACCAAAAAAUUAAGUACUUUAUGAUGGAGAUAAAAGGAACUCUAUCAGAACAUACAACGGUAACUUUUAUUAAUUUAAUAUUGUCAGAUAACUCAAACAACAGAUAAGGAUUCCAAAUUGGAUGGGACAUUGAUCAAUCUAGAAAGGGAGAUACUAAAAUUGCAGGAAAAGUUGGUCAAGAUCAAAGAAAUUCAUACAUUCCUUCAUAUCAAACUUAAACUUAUGUACCAGUUGUUGAAGUAUUCUAAAACAUAAUUAGUAAAAUCAAGAUGAAGAUUAUAUGAAGUAGUUAUAUAUUUAAGAAAUGAACAAAAAAAAAGAAUUAGCUGCCUUAUAUAAACAACCUGAUUAAUAUUACUAGGAUACUAUAGAUAGUUAUAAUAAUAAUGUAAAAUAAUACUCAAAUAAUAAUCCUCCUAAUACUUAUGAAUAACCAUAAUUGUUAUAAUAAUCAAACAAAUAUGAUCAUUAUUAAUAACCCAAAGUAGAAGAAGAACUCUAUAAUAAGGUAUCUUUUUUUUAUUAUAAUAUAUUUAGUAUAAAUAAGGUAAUAGUGGUAGUAAAUAAUAAAACACUGGUAAACAACCAGUUGCUUAAUUUAAUCCAAUUACAGGAGUAGCUUAUGAGAAUGCUUAUACUAAUCAAAGAGUUUAAGAAUCUUAAUAAUAAUAAUAAUAAUAAUAAUAAUAGGAUGAUGCACUUAGUUAAUUUAGUUAAUGUAUUAUUGUUAUCAUAUUUUAGUAUAAUAACACAAAGUAACUUCAAUGAAGAAUAAGGCUUCAAAUAUCUUUAAUACUGAUAUUCAAGAGACUGAGAAUAUUAAUAAUAAUAGACAAAAUAGUAGAGUUUAAAAUAAAAGAAAAGAGUUGGAUGAUGCUCAAUAUAAAGGAUAUGGUAUGAUAUUUGAAAUGAUAUUAUUUUUUAGGUUAGUUCUACAAGAAUCAAAUUGAAGUUAUUCCAACCUAAUAUAGAGAGCAAAAGUUCAUUAAUAGAAAUAUGAUUGAUAAUCAGAUAUUUCCAAAAUGAU